CCACAACACAAGCACAAGCAAGCUAAUCAUCUAACUAAUGAGCUUUCUCAAUUUCUUUUUAAAGCUCGAACCAGAAAAAAAAAGUUCGUGAUUUUUCAUUAACAGUCAAUAUUUUUCAACACUCAACAUCAAGAGCUGAUUCCACAAGAUGGCUGCUACUAUAAAACGCCCCGCCGUGCGGAUCUCCAAGGUCGGCGGCAGGUACCUGCUCUUUGACAUAGACGACGUCAUGUACCUGCGCCGGAGCCACAACAUCUGCUCCGUCUUCGUCGGCACCAUCCCCCAGAACCCGCAGCAGAACAUCUUCAUGGGCCUCCCCAUCGAGCUGAUGCCCGAGGAGGCCCAGGUGCUCGUCGACAAGAACGUAGGCCUCAUCGUAGACGACGCCGCCUUCCACCCUGCGCGACUAGCCGGCCUCGACGAGCCCGCGCGUCGGCGGUACUUGCAGACGGUGAAAGCCGAGGGCAGGAAGGCGCAGCAGGCGGCUGUUGAGAGUAAGCAGAACUACCAACCGCGCGUAUCAUCGAAGAAGGGGGAGAAGAAGCAGCAGACAAAGGCAAAGUCCAAAAAGGUAGAAGCAGAAGAAGAAGAGGGUGAAGUAUUAUCAUUAUCAAGCGAAGCCGUUGCUCCCGCCGAGUACAGCAGCCUCGAAGCAGGGGACGGCGACGACAACGAAGCCAAUGCUAGUUUGUUCGGCCCACCCUCCCCCACAACCCCCAAACAACAACCUCCCAAGCCAGAAGAGCCUUCAGGGUAUGCGAUAACCCCCACAACCAGCAGCCUUCUCCUCCCUCAUCUCCCUUCCCCUCCCCUAUCACCCCCAGACAACGAUGGCGACGAAAACAGUGCUCAAGCCUCCUCCAUCGACGUGCCCCCCUCAUACCCCCUAUACGCCCACCUGCAGGACCGCGGCUACUACAUGAUGCCCGGCCUGCGCUUCGGCUGCGACUACAACGUCUACCCCGGCGACCCCCUGCGCUUCCACAGCCACUUCCAGGCCACCAGCUACGGCUGGGACGAGCCCGUCGCCAUGCUCGACCUCGUCGCCGGCGGCCGCCUCGGCACCAAUGUCAAGAAGGGUUACUUGAUUGGCGGCGCUGUGGCGGCUGCUGGUGGGAGUGAGGGAGAGGGUGAUGGUGAUAGUGAUAGUGGUAGUGGUAAUCCUAAUGCGCCGCGAGCCAGAGCCUUUUGUAUUGAAUGGGCGGCUAUGUAGAGAGAGGAAAAAA